AUGAACGGUUCGGGGAGCUGUAAAUUUCCCAGUGCUUUGUUCGCUUCUCUUCGCUUUUCUUCUUUCUAUCGUUGUCAAAAUUUGGUAAAUUGUUUAAGUCUCUCAGAACGUCAAUUUAGAUGCAACAUCAGCGGACUUUUUAAAAGACUUAUUUUAUUAGCUACUCUCUAUCUAUAUUCUCCUUCAGAUAUUUUUCGUCUCUCUCUCUCUCUCUCUUUCUCUCUUCCUUUCCCUUCUUCUCUUCUCACUCACAGUCAUUCUUUCUCGCCUCUUUUCAUUCCCCUUCUGCAUCGAGUUUUUUGGCGCGAAAACGAUUUUUAUCGAUUUUGUGAAAAAAUAAAUCUUUCUUUCUCUUCUCCUACUCUGACUUUUUCUUUUUUCUUUGUUUUGCAUUUCUUUUUCUUUCAUUACUUUUUUCUUUUUAUUUCAUUCAUUUUAUUUUUUCUUUCAUUUCUUUUUCUUUCACUUUCUUUAAUUUAUUUUUCUUUCGUUGUCUUCCAGUUCUUGUUAUUUCUUCUUUUCUUUUUCCUUCUUUUUAUUUCAUUUCUUUUUCUUUCUUGUCAUUUAUUACUUCUGCUAUUUUUCUUUCGUUUUCUUUCAUUUCUAUUUCUUACGUUGUUUUUGUUUCUUUUUUUUGUUGUCUUGCAUUUCUUUUUCUUCUUUUUUCUUUCUUUCUUUUUCUUUCAUUUCUUUUUCUGUCUUUGUCUUUAA